CUCUCAGAGACAGGGGAGGAAAGACAGAUUGAGACACAGAGAGAGAGGAGGACAGAGACAGAAAAAAGGAAGCCAUUUUCGUUCCACAGCUCGUCUUCGUCCUGCGCUUGCUUUCGUCUCUAAAGUCUCUGGAGUUUUGCAGGAAGCGGCGGCGAGGGACGAGGCCAUCUGUCAGUCACAGCCGCAGAGAUCGUCUGCGGGGACAGUGAGACAGCUGCAGGUUUGACACCAGCGAGACGGUUGUGACGAGGACGUGGCCAUGAGCUCGGACCAGGUCCCAUACAGGUCAGAGGUGAUGGGGUGGAGUCCACAGCAGCUGGCAGACUUCAUGAAGAGGAUGAAUUUGUCAGGGUGUGAUAAAGCCGUGCUGAAGCACUCCAUCAGUGGCUCCAGGUUUGUGAACCUGAGUGACAACGACCUGCAGAAAUUCCCCAAACCAUAUUCUCCGAUGAUCAUGAAGCUCAGCAGUGAGAUCAGUAAGAAGGAGGAGAAGAGAGGAUUGUUCGCUAAAAAAACGACGCCCAGAUAUCACGAGCCAGACACGGUUGACGUCCAGGGCUGGGGAGAAGACGAGUUCGACGACGACGACGACGACUAUGAGAAACCAAACAGCAGCGACGGGGACUAUGAGUCCCCGUCCGAGGACCUGGAUGGGGAUUACGAGCCUCCUCCUUCUGAACCUCAAGAGGACCUCACUCACAACCUGUGUCCAUCCCUGCCCAUCGGAGACGGCGAAUACAUCGAUAAAAGGGACAACAACGUGUCGUCCAGAGGCACCAACCCCCCCGCCGUGUGUCCCCGCCCCCCUGUCUCCACGCUGACUCCUCCCUCUCCUCGUGUGGCCGGAGACUCGUCCACUCGCAGAGACUCGUCCCCUCACGGCGGUGCACGAGUGUCGGGAAAAUUUCCUCCAGCGCCACCGCAGAUCUUUCGUGACAUCAAACCAGGCAGAAGCUCAGGAUACAACUCAACAGCUGUCAGGGGACCUCAGUGCAGCAUCAUGGACAGAGCAGGAGGAGCACCAACUUGGAAGCCUCAGUCAGAAAACCAGGAUACGCCCACAUGGACCAAACCUCCCGUUCUUCCGCCGCCGUCCGCCGCCGUCAGCCGGAGCAACUCGUCGGUCCGACCUCCUCCUCCUGACAGGUUCGAUCAAAGGAGAGAACAAAUACCUCCUGAAGCCUCUAAAAACAACACAUUCCCCCUCCAAAAUAAAUUUCUGCCCCCCCGCCCUGGUCUCCCUGGUCUGCCCUCACAUCAGGGACACAGUCUUCCUCCCAGUCAGUGCAGACUGCCAGCAGGCUACACUGAACAAAGUGGCAGCUUCACUGGAUCAGAGAGAAACUCGUUUCGUCCACAACAGGCAACAUCAAAGUCAAAGGAGCUGGACCCCCGCUGGUAUGUGGGUAAAGUGACCAGAGGUCAGGCAGAGGGAAGUCUGAGACGAGUUCACAAGGACGGGGCAUACCUGGUGAGGGACAGCACCCGGCAGCUGGACAACCAGCCCUUCACCCUGAUGGUCUUCUACCAGGACAAGGUCUACAACAUCCAGAUCCGGCAGCAGAAGCAGCAGUUCCUGCUGGGAACCGGACUCAAAGUCCAGGAGUUCUUCCCGUCCGUCAGUGACAUCAUCAGCCAUUACUCUCAGUCUCCUCUGCUCCUCAUCAACGCCAAAGACCGCGGCUCCAGCCAACAGAACCAGUGUCUCCUCUCAGAGCCGGCCGGGUUCCACAUGACCGGACAGAAGUGGUCCUGACCUGCUCUGGACCCAACAGACCGCUCGGCAGAGUCCGGAUCCAGUGCUUAUUUGCUUUUCGUCACUCCAUGUUUUAUGUCUUUGUAUAAGUUUGGAUUUAAAUGUUGUUUUUGUGUUCCAUGUGACGUCGAGGACACGGGUGACGCCAUGUUUGGUGACGUCAUUUCCUGCCGGCGUCUGCGUGCUAGUGACCGCGGAUAAACCCACAGAGAAAACUAGGGAUGUUAACGUCACACACACUAGAGCUGCUGCUCCUCUGCUGCCUCGUGUGGUCACUUUGUGUCACUGAGGUCAGUCUGA